AUGGCUCUGCAUCGCGACUCAGACUUACUCAAAACCGUAUCGAACUCCCCUGGAAGUGCAAUUGCAAUAACGCUUGGUGCUGUAGCUGGAGCAUAUCUACUGGUAUCAUCUUUUACGAGUGGCAACAAUAAGAGCGGUUUGAGAAAAAUACCAUCUCCCAAAGGAGCCAUACCAUACUUGGGUCAUUUGCUUUCACUUGAAGAAGUGCCAGCUACUCAGUUUAACAAAUGGCAUAAGGAAUUAGGUCCUAUUAUAAUGGUUCGGAUGGGGGUCAAGCAGUGGGUCUGCGUUAGUGAGCCUCAUCUUGCACAUCUCAUUUUCGGUGUUAAUGGCAAGUACACAUCAGCUCGGCCCCAUACAACAUUUUUAUGCGAUUACUAUGCUCUCGGAAGCAAAGGUAUCGUCGCCGGCAAUCCGUCAAUCCAAUGGAAAAAAACACGCGGUGCUACACUACAAGCGCUUUCACCAAAAAAUCGACAUAAACUCGAAAAAUUGAUACAUCCCGAGGCCGAAGAAGCCGUGCAAAAGCUACUGGCGGUCACAGCUCGAGACGGCUCCGUCGAUGUAUCUGACCCCUUCCAUUUUGCAUCAUUGAACGUGAUUCUGUCUACCUGCUUUGGAAAAAGGGCCAAAUCCACCGAGGAUCCUCUGUUCCACGAAAUCACAUACCUUAUGGCAGAAGGUGGCAAGCGCUCGUCACCGGCGGAGGAAAUGAAUACUUUCUUGCCCAUUACAGCGGUCCUAGAUGUGAUAUUCAGAAAAAGACAGAAUAUGGACAAGUUUAUCAGGGAGAAAAGAAAUCCAACGUUUAGACGGCUUAUUCAAGAGUGUUUGGAUAACGAUGCCGAUUGCCUUGCAAAGACGUUAUUUGAAAUGGAGGAUGUGAAUGAGUAUGAAAAUGUUUUGGUCGCGUUAGCUGACUCUAUCCUUGCUGGAACAGAAACCACUGCUGUGAUGCUCACGUGGUCAGCGAUGAUUCUUUGUCAUCAUCCAGAAGUACAAAAGAAAAUUCGAGGCGAAUUGGAUCAGUUUGUUCGUACAAGCGGAAGACUUCCAACAUACGAUGAUCGUAACAGCCUUCCAUUCUCAAUCUCUGUGCAGAAGGAAUGCAUGCGGUUCCGUCCUACAACAUUUUUUGGUAUACCUCACGAAGCAACUGAAGAUUUCGAGGUUGAUGGUUACCUUAUACCUAAGGGAGCAAGCGUUGUAUGUAGCAUGCAUGCUAUUCACCGCGACGAAGCAUUCUACCCUGACGGAGACAAGUUCAUACCAGAUCGGUUCCUCGGAGAUAUGAAGCCGAUGCACACUUCAGCAAAUGCGCCGCCUGCUGAAGGGCGAGAUCAAUUUAAUUUUGGAUGGGGAAGACGUGUUUGUCCAGGCGCUUUUCUGGCCGAAUUGGUGAUCUUUAACGAAUGGGUAAAACUAUUCUCGCAAUGCGUAAUCGAGCCUGCUCUAGAUGAGAACGGUGUGCCUGUAUACCCAGAUUUGGACAAGCUUGUCAAUGCAGGUAUCGUCACUCCGCCCACGAAACCAAUAAUGCGCGUAGUCAAGCGUACAGAUGCUUUAAAUUAA